AUGAUACGGAUACCAGGCAAGAAACGCGCUUGGUGGCAGCUGGCUGGCGCCCAGGUUGUCUUAGGUUGUGCUAGCCCGCCUGGGUUGUUGAUAAUGUGGAAUGAGAAGAGUACUUUUUGCCAAGUACUUUGCGUGUUGUGGUACGUAGACCUAAUGAUAUUCCUCUCUCACAGAUUAGUUGCACCAUGCCGGACGCCUGACACCGAUAACCGACAUAGAGUACCGAUGCCGAUGCAUGAGUCUGAUAGUUCAAGGUCUAAAUACCUUGAGAGGGGCGAAAGGGGCAUCGUUCAGAGAUAA